AUCGACUGGAAGUACAAGGAGUUCAUCCUGAGGCUGUACGACCGGCAGACACAGGCAGCCGAGAGGGCGGCCCGUCUUCCUGGCUGACCGAGUCUGAAUUUUUUGUGUAAUUAAUUCGUCUGUUUUCGGAUGGAUCGAUGUCACUUGCUGAGCUGCAUCCAUGCCGUCACCUUCCCAUGUGUAUGUGUGUGUGUCCUUGAUUGGUGUAUGCAGUGUGUCUGGCGGGCAGCCGAGGGAGCCGUCAGUCAGUCAUCGACCAGCUGAUGCUGGUGCUGGUGGUGGUUCACACGACUUAUCACCCAUCGGGGGCAGACAGACAGACGGACGGACGGACGGACGGACAGGGAAAGUGGGACUUCUGUGGGCGGCCAUCUAUAUGGAUGGCCAUCAGAGAGCUGUUUUUGCUGGAUGUGGUGCGGCCGUAAAGACAAUUCAGCUCCAAACAUGAGUCUUGAUCGACAUCAUGUAAACAAAUGAGAAAAGCGCGCCAAAAGAGGAGAAAGGAGAAGAGGAAGGAAGAGAAAUACGCCGUUGUUGGUGCUGAAUAGUGGUGCCUGAGAGAGACGAGACGAGGCGAGGCGAGGCGAGGCGACGCGACGCGACGCGCGAGGAGCUGGCCGCUCGGCCAGCGAGCGGCCGUUCUGUCGCAAAAGCCAUCCAUUCUCCACACACUGCAAGGUGAGGAAGCGAGCAUGGGCAGCCACAGCCAUUCACUCUGCCUCUGUGUUCCAUCAGGUAGCUAUCCAUCCAUGGAUGAUCUUCGACAAGCCGUGGCGUGGUGCGUGUGGGGGGUGCGGCAAUUCGUGUGGCAUCUCCCAAGCCUCAUCUACGGGCUGACGGCAUGGGCGCGUCUGCACCCUGCAAAGGGCAACCUCAUUGGGCUGGCCGCUAGCUUCAUCGGAGGCGUCAUCACCAACACAGGCUACCACCUCAUGCGCAGCGCCAACGAUUGUGUGUGGUUUGUCGGUGUUUGGGUACUGGUCCGCCUGGGCAAUGCCAUACAUUUGUGGGCGCUUUCCGUCGCCCCUGCCUCCACUGUGUACCCAUCCAACGCUGCAGCUCUCAUGGUGUCGCCAUUCAUUGGAUACGUGAGCAACAGACGCACAGAGAGAGAGAGAGAGAGAGCAGUGUGCGUGGCCGGUUUCCAUUCCAUGAGUGUGUGUGCGUGUGUUUGUGUGUGCAGCUCUGUUUCAACGAUAAGAUCAAGUGGUUUCGGCACAUUCCGGUGAUCGCCGGCAUGAUUGUAGGCAUUGCCUUCACGUCGCUGGCUCCAUCCUUCGCCAAGACACCGCACAAACAUACGGUAGAUGACACCACUAAAGUGGGCGGGUGUCAACAAAUGCAGCCAUCCAUUGCGUCAUGUGUGUGUCAGGUCGGUUCUGACGUGUUGUUUCAUCGCUCCACGGCGUACAACUGGUACAUCGUCGUGUAUCUCAUCUGCGGCACACUUCUAGAAAUCAAAAGAUACGAAACGCAGGAGUCCCUCGAGUAACUGGACGAGACACACACUGUCACACACACAGACAGACACACACUUGAGGCUCAUUUGUGUGCGGUUCUGUAGAGUGGCCAACUACUACGACACGGCGCUGUCCUUUGGGGUGAUGCGUCCAUCUGAAUACUUCGAGCGGCUGUGGGGUAAAUGAAAGACACACACACAGACACAUACACACACAAGGGAGGGAGGGAGGGAGGGAGGGAGUGAGGGACAGGGAGACACACACACACACACGCAUUUGUUCACUUGUCUCGUCCAGCCGUUCUGUAUGGUAUCGCGGCGGGACAUUGGGGCUGCCAGGUCGGCCUUGAGCUCAAACAGACAAUCGAGGUUGGAUAAAUGGCAGGCACAUACACAUACCAGAGACGUGAUGCUCUCUCUGUCUCUCUCUCCCUGUGCAGCUAGGUGUGGAGAGUCACCGUACGCGCAUUAUCCCCUGGGGUCCGAUGGGGUGGUCGCUCUUCAUCUUGGCAUACUCGGCAUUCCUACAGGUACCCCUCAUAUGGACGCCUCCUCGCCCACCACUCACUGGUGUGUGUGUCUCGUCGUCAUGUGCAGUUCGGGAUAGUUGGUGACGGACUAGAGUACACGGAGAAGGCCACCGAAGUGAUUACGGCAUUUUCCGCCAGCAUGUGCCUCUGGGGCACACUUGGAGGUGAGAGGCAUCCACCAUGACAUCACACCACAAGCUCGUGUGUGUGUGCGUCGAUAUGUACAUGCACAUCGAUCAAAGGGCUCGUGAAGUUUCAUGAGAUUGAGGCCCUCGGCGCUGCGUCGAAGUGGCUGCUUGCCCUGGGUGUGCCGCACUGAUACACACAUACAUGUGUACGUCCAUGUGUAAUACUUACAUAUGCCUCUUCGCAGGGGUCGCCCUCAUCGUGUUCUGCGGCGCGUGUCUGGCGUUCGAAAUGCGCGAACUUGAGGAGAUCGGGUACGUGCGCGAGCAGGAGAGCGUCUCUGUUUGUGUGCGAUGCUUUGACGGUAUGUGUGUUAUGUAUGUGUCUGCAGCAUGUUCUGUGGCCGCCGUGCGUGUGCGUGCCUCCACUUCUGCGCCGCCAGGAUUCGAAGCUAUGCUGAACGUACCCGUCGUUGCGUUACAUUCUGCAUCGACCACAUUUGCCAGUGCCUCCGCCGCCGGCCCACCUGAGCACAUACAGACCAAGUAAACUGUCCAAGUGCACCAACGAGCCGAGCACGACUCACGGUCGUGUGCGUGUGUGUGUGUGUGUGUGGUUGUUAGGAGGGAGCCCGAGAGGGAGGAUGUAGCAGUGCAGCCGGUGUAUAUCUGGGGUGAGGGUGCAGUGAUGUAAGAGUGGCUGCCUAGUCAGUACGUGCGCUCAUGAUUGUGAAGUGAGGUACUUACUGGCUACUUCUCUGUGACGUCUGUGUAUACCUCAGCAGCAUUGCUUGAUUGACCAGCCUGGCCAGCCAGCCCAACAACACAAAGCAGCAGGCGCAUCUGAUCUGUGUGGGACGCACGCAGCCAGCCUUGAUCAGCAUGCAUUGAGGUUCCUUUCGUGUACAUUCAUUGAAUGUUUUUCUCCACCUACAGAAGAGUGCUGCCCCCCACACCAGUAAGAUACAUCCAGAGAAAAGGCACCAACGCUCAAUGUGCGGUUCAAAACACGGAGAAUGAGAAGCAGGGGCCACCCAACAGACCAAUAGCCACAAUAGCUUCUUGUUGUACAUCAAGGCUUACUCGC